GUAGGUGUUUGACGUAGGACGGGAGGGAAGCACGGGCUUGUACGGGAAGCUUGGAUAAAUUGGCACAUUACUCGAUGAUGCUGAAGGGUGAAAUAUUGCUGCUUCUUCACGUAUUCUGCGAUAUCGCAUUGGCAGCACAAUGCGGAAAAGUAUGGCUGACAGUCUCCUCGCUGUGGAGACCAAUCGCUGCCAGCGACAAGGUGGUCGACGCUGAGCUCGAAGUAAAUUGGGACCUCGAUUGUCCAACGAGUACAGGAUAUCCAGAUACCAUCAAGGUGUUCACUGCUGACCCAGCACAUAAUAAAACGGAACCUAAGCUGACUUUGAGUUCGCUGCAAUACCCACGGGGUUACUAUCGAACCAACAUCACGGUUGGACGUCCACCGCUUCCGGGUGGAUGGGACACCAAGGAUGGCGCGACGCUUCCGGGUCCGCAUUGCCUGAAACACCACGCCGCCCUUUACAAGGAUGGAGUGUACCUUACCAGCUCUUGUUUACAGAUCUGGCCAACGUGGAUGUACGACUUGAGGAGACAAUUAGGAAGACUUCCGAUAGGGAGUUUGAUGAUCCCAGGCACGCAUAAUUCCGGAUGUUACAAGCACGGCGACCUGACGAGACGAGACGCGUUCCAAAGGUACCUGUUGACGCAGGACCGCGACGUGUGGACGCAAUUAGUGCACGGCAUAAGGUAUCUCGACAUCAGAGUUGGUUAUUACCCGUCAAUUCCCAACGGCACGGCCAUCGAGGAGGGCAAUCACAUAAGCAGAUUCUGGAUCAAUCAUGAUGUCAUCCGGAUCACCCCCCUCUCGGCCAUCAUCAAAGACGUGAGAAACUUUCUGAACGUCGCUAGGGGAGAGGUGGUCAUCAUGGACUUUCAUAGAUUUCCCGUGGGAUUCGAGGAUAGACCUAGUAGGCAUCGUCGAUUGGCCAUGAUCCUUUUACGAGAAUUCGAAGGAUUGAUUCUGAAACCGGAUAGAGGUGUCGAAGGUCUCGGUCCGACCUUAAAUGAUAUUUGGACCGGAGGGAAACGGUUGAUAAUUUGCUACGGUGAUAAGCAUAUCGUUAAUGAAUACGAUUGGCUUUGGCCAACGAUGUCUCAAGCCUGGGGUAAUCAACAGACGGUGGAAGGGCUGUUCAAAUAUCUGGACAAAGUCAUCAUGGGUCCGAAGAAGUCUCGUAACAGUCAAAAUCCAUUGUGGGCGGUGAUGGCGGAGUUAACACCUUACCCGUUGGACAUAAUCUUCAAUUUAUCCGGCGGGUUGCGGCAGAUGGCCGACUCGGUGAACAGGAAUCUCACGUACAAGUUCCAGGAGGAAUGGUGGAAGGAGACGAACAUCGUCGCCACGGAUUUUUUCCUUGGAAAUAAUCUGAUCGACGUGUCGAUACAGUCGAACAUAAAGAAGAGUAACAUCGCCCAGUGGCGUUUGUAACGUGACAUUAAAUAUCGCAUAAUCUACCAAAGAUUUCACUUUAAUUAGCUACUUUGCCGAUCGGAGAAAAUCGGUGUGGAUCGUUUGAAGUUUGCCGAACAUUUUUCUAGGAAUGAAAUAUUACGAAAUGCCGAGAAGUUCGAGGAAUAAAAUUGACAAUAAUUAUUUUCUUUCCUUCUUCUUCUUCUUUUAAAUAAUUAUAAAUUACCGAUUAAUCGUUUCUUAGUAGAUCGAGUUUAUCGAUCGAUUAUCGUGAUAAAGAAUCUUAGGAUAAUUGAUGUAACAAUUGAUAUGUAAAUUAAAACCUUUUAAA